UUACGAAAAUCACAAUGACCCCAUCAUCAUCAUUUCCAUAAUAUUGAGAGUGCCCCCUUUACGCACAGGAAGGGCGCAUCCAAAAAAAAAAAGAUGACUAAUUACGCGCAAUGUGUCGUCAGGGCAAGAAGACGUGCGGAUACACUUGUGCAAAGCACUAUUUAACCAGGUCAACAGCGGAGGGGUCUAGUCUACGAGGAGUAUACCAUUUGGAUAAGACAUAGUAACUGGAUUCAUAUAGUCUCAAGAGGUUGGCUCCGAUAUUGCGGUUGUGUAAGGACUCUGUUUGAACACAGUCAGGUGCUGGCUCAUAUCUUCAGGUGGUGCAGUAAAGAAUUCAGCACGAGACCAGACAUGGAGCGUAUGCAUGAUGAGAAGCCCAAGAAGAAGGUGACCGGCUACCUCCUCUACUGCGUGUCCACAGCCGUUAUUGGCUCACUGCAGUUUGGUUACAACACCGGAGUCAUCAACGCACCCGAGCAGAAGCUGCGUAGGUUCUUCCAGAAUGUGUCCAUGGAGCGCUACGGGGAGCCCUUCACCCCCGGGGCCAACACCAUGGUGUGGAGCUUUGCGGUGGCCAUCUUCAGCGUCGGAGGCAUGAUUGGGUCAUUCUCUGUGGGAGCCGUGGUCGACAAGUUUGGCAGGCGGAAAUCGAUGAUGCUAGCUAACAUCCUGGCCAUCCUGGGCGCGUUGCUGAUGGGGCUGUCCGGCCUGAGCCGCUCCUUUGAAAUGGUCAUCAUUGGCAGGUUUAUCAUCGGCCUGUUCUGCGGCCUGUGCACGGGGCUGACCCCCAUGUACGUGGGGGAGAUUUCUCCCACCCACCUGCGAGGGGCCUUCGGAACGCUUCACCAGCUGGGCGUUGUCAUCGGCAUCCUGGUGGCUCAGAUCUUUGGCCUGGAGUUCCUGCUGGGCUCAGAGGCUCUGUGGCCACUGCUGCUGGCCCUCACCGCCCUGCCAGCCAUCCUGCAGACCAUCCUGCUGCCCUUCUGCGCCGAGAGCCCCCGCUACCUGCUCAUCAGCCUCAACCAGGAGGACGAGGCCCGCAAAGCCCUGGUGCGUCUCCGUGGCACCGAGGACGUCACAGAUGACCUCCAGGAGAUGAAGGAGGAGGGGAUGAAGAUGGCGUUGGAGAAGAAGGUGACCAUCCCGGAGCUGUUCCGCUCGCCAGUGUACCGCCAGCCCCUGAUCAUCGCCAUCGUCCUGCAGCUCUCCCAGCAGCUGUCCGGCAUCAACGCAGUGUUUUAUUACUCCACAGGUAUAUUCGAAACAGCGGGUGUAGCUGAACCCAUCUAUGCUACCAUAGGAGCGGGCGUGGUCAACACCGUGUUCACUGUGGUCUCGCUCUUCCUGGUGGAAAGGGCGGGUCGAAGGACCUUACACCUGAUUGGAUUGGCUGGAAUGGCCGUGAGCGCCCUCCUGAUGACCAUCUCCCUGUCUCUGGUUAAAACCAUCCAGUCGUUGAGCUACCUGGCCAUCGUGGCGGUGUUUGGCUUUGUGGCCAGCUUUGAGAUGGGCCCGGGCCCCAUCCCCUGGUUCAUCGUGGCAGAGCUCUUCUCCCAGGGCCCGCGCCCGGCCGCCAUGGCCGUCUCCGGCUUCUCCAACUGGACUGCCAACUUCCUGGUUGGCUUAGGCUUCCCUAAGUUGGAGGAACUGUGCGGCCCGUACGUCUUCAUCAUCUUCAUGAUCCUGCUCAUCUUCUUCUUCAUCUUCACCUACCUCCGCGUGCCCGAGACCAAGGGGCGGACCUUCGACGACAUCGCCCAGGCCUUCGCCACCAGCGCCGCCUCCCCGCAGAGCCCCUCCGAGGUGGGGCUAGGUCUGCCAGUGCCUGAGACCAAGGGCGCCACCCCCCUCUCCCCCACGGAGAAGGUUCCCAUGUUCAGCCUCCCCAUGGAUAAGGCCGGAGCUCCUUAGGGCCGCGGGCGGGGACGGGAGGCUGCAGAGGAGGACGAGACUUAGGACUAGAGUUUAAGGGGAUGGAGGGCUUUCUGUUUGCACAGCGGUGGUGUGGUUCAACCUUCAAGCUACAGAAUAGUCAGGAUGGGGAACGGGGGGGCAGCUAUAGUCUGGCGGUUUGGGGGUUCGACUCCGAGCCCGAAGGGGUCUGGGUUCGAUGCCCGAUGGCCGCGGUCUACCUGUAGGUGUCCUUGAGCAAGAUGCCCUAACGACUUAGCUGCUCAUUAAUGACAUGUUUUAAAUAGAAAUCCACUUUGUCACUUUGGAUGAAAACUAAAUAGUAAAUUGUUCACAAGAGGGUUUUUUUAUGAUAGUAAUUGUUGCAAAACUUUCCUUUCCACUAAGAGCAUCUUAGUGGAAAGGAAUCAAGAGAAAAGUCUAUUCAUUUUGGCAUUGUGUCUGUAUUUGAAACACGGGCCAGUCUUUGGAAAUCUAUAUUUUUGAAAAUAAUUAUUAUUUAUUUUUCUAGCUAAGCAUCAUCAUUAAACGAGGACAUUUUGACUGUUACUAAUGUCACAAUAUUUGACUUAUUACUGCCUAAUCUUAGUUGACCUUGCAAGUGCCAUUGCUCCAAGUAUUUAUUUAAGAGGAUCAGGCUGUGUUCCGUGUUCAACUCUGGUGCCAAACUGUGAGAGUGUGUGUGUGUGUGUGUGUGUGUGUGUGUGUGUGUGUGUGUGUGUGUGUGUGUGUGUGUGUGUGUGUGUGUGUGUGUGUGUGUGUGUGUGUGUGUGUGUGUGUGUGUGUGUGUUUUGAUGGUAAUGGAGUAAAGGAUUUGGGGCAGUGGUCUGUAUUAAGGUCAAGCUAGAAAAGCCCAUUAGCUUAACCUACAAAAACAUAAUUUGCAACCUUGUCAUCCACAGAAGGGUUCGCCUUGACAUUCAGUAGUCCGACGGCAAGACGUAGACAACAGAAAAGUACUCUCUCUAGGGUUAGGGUUAGGGUUCUUUUUUCUUGUGUACCUCUUAUCCGCAUGUCAUUAUUUCACUUUGUGACGGCACUGACUCCCAGUAUGAGAUAAAAAUGGACUUUAUCAACUUUAUCAAUCCAAGACGGCAAGUGUGUGUGUCACAGUACCAGACCGUCAUUCAAGUAAAAGCAAAAUAAUUCCAGACGAAGUAUAUGCACAGAACGACAAAAACAUGACAAAACUAAUCUCAGAGAUAGUCAGUCCUUGUUUGAUUUCUUUGUGCGCUCUGUUUGAACUCUGCGGUCUGCUGUAGAGAUGCCUGUUACGUGAUACAAACAGUUGUGGUAACAGUGUUUUUAUUGUCUGAACUACUGCUGGUCUCCAAGGGCAUGGAGACUAGCACUGCCAUUGUAGAGCCUGCCUGACCAAGCCUGUUUGAGGAAAUAAAACCAAUACAAUGUCUGGUAAUAUAAGAAUGUCCAUCUGACGCAACCGUUCCUAUUGGGCGUGAAAUGUGGUUCUCUAUUGUGCAACACAUCGUAUCGGAAUAGGGCAUGUAUUUAGUUCAUGUUUAAAAAUCAAGAAUUCACUCUAACUAACAGUACCAUGCGUUUGUUAUAAUUAUUGAAGAACACAAGGCAAAAUAAAUCAAAUAUGAAUACAAAUCCUAUCUGGAAAAUACAGUGCAUAAGGAAUUGAAUUAAGAAGAAAUUCUUAUAUAUCGUUAAGAUUAAAGUAAACAUUUAAAUUCAGUUUUUUUAAGGAACCCUUUGCAAAAUAAGAACUACAGGACAAGUGUUAAUAAAAACACGAGUGGUGUCGUUUGAGAUGGUUAUCUGUUUAUUUUUAAGGGAUGGAUCUUGAUUGUUUGCUUAAAGACAGGAGACAUGCGCCUUUUUCAAUGUUUGUGCAGAUGGGGACAUUUUAUUAGUCUAUAUUAGUGAUGGAUUUCAUGAUUCUUUCCCUUGAUUCAGUUGACGUCGGUCAGUUCCCCAAGAAGAAUCGUUCAGAAUCGUUUGUUUGUUUGUUCGUUUAGUCGCGUUUCCGGUAGCUGAGUCAGUCAGACUCAGCUCUUCCCUCGUUCUCAUUCUCAAACGAUCAUUCAAGUCGGUCAUCAAUCAACACAACAUUACAACUAAGAUCCUUUCAGCUGAGGACUUAGACAAACCAAACUCAGUGGGAUGGGGGUGGGGGGUGUAGUUCAUUAUUGGAUGUUUAACAUAUCAGCAAGAUAAUAGACUUGAUUUAGCAAUGAUGGAGUUCAAAAGUAAAUUAUGUACAGUUGUGUUUAUUUGGGGCAUAUUUGAUUUUUCUUGGGUUAAAAGUAACUCAACACUAUUGUGAAGAUAGCCACCCCCACUCAAGAAUCUAUCAAGAUCCACCACGGUGGGGGUCCCGGGUCGCGUGCGUUUUUGACGAGAUUGACGCGACAUUCUAAUAUUUUAUUAAUCUGGCAUGACACAGAAAAUACAAAGACGGCAUGCAUUUACCAUUUCACUGAUAUUUAAUCGUAUUAUCGUACGCUCGCUCAUUAAGCCCAUUUGUUGUUGUUUUUCAAGAAAACGGUUGAUUCCUGUCUCUCAUUGGCUAGAAUUCGACGAGAGCGUCCUAGACUCAGUCCUAGAACAGCAUAUGAUUGGCUGGCUCUCGUGAGUCGUAAGGUCUCUCAGUCGGUUCCUCUUCACCACUCACAGUCAGUGAACGAACAGCGACUCAGCGACUAGUGGGUCUGGGAGGAGUUGGGUCUGGGAGGAGUCGAGUCUGAGAGCGAAAGAGAUGAAUGAGAGAGAAGAAUCAGUUCGAUUCAUUCUUGUUAAAUAUUCGUUCAUUUGAACUGAUUCGGCCGCAAACGACCCAUCACUAGUCUAUAUGCCUUAGUUCUACAUUUAGAAAGACGCACAUUAAAAUCUAAUUUCAUCACUUGCCCAUCGAGUAUUACGGCUUUUAGCAUGAUUGUUGUCUGAUGAUUGUGAAUCAUUUAAGUGUGGGUUCUGCCUUUUUCCACAUGUUUUUUGGGCGCUGUUGGCUGUUGUAAUUAAUCUUUAGUCAUUGAUAUGACCUGCCUUUGUUUUUCAUCCUUCUUGCACUCUUAUACUACUGAAUGUUACUAUGGUACUGUAUAGGUCUCCACAACAUAGACUCUGUUAUGUUCAUGUGUUUUUCCAAUGACUUCCACUUUCAAAUAUAGAUUGCGGAAGAAUGACAGAAAUAUUAAUCCUGUAUUAAAUGGUAUUAACAUUUGUAACGUUUUGUAAUCUAUUGUUCCCAGGGUGUACCCAACAUGCUUGAUCAAGUUGCAAUAAAUCUUACAGAUUGAAGAUUACAUAUCAAUUCUUAACUGUGGGAUAAUGUAUGUUGAAGCCAUGAAUAAAUCAAUUAAACACAAAGAACAUAUUUAAAUGGCAGAUCAUUAAAUCCAACACAGAACACAUA